AGUUAGCCUAGCUUGCUUUAGUAGCCGCAGUAUUCACACCCAUGCACAGCCAGCUGAAUGCGUCUCUUGUCUUUGUCUUGCAAUCGUAUCAGCGAGUCCUAAUUUAUUAGCUUUCUAGUCGCCUAGAAUUGUAUUUAUUUUCGCAGUAAACGUUAGAGGAAGAUGGGGACCAGAGACGAUGAAUACGAUUACUUGUUUAAAGUGGUGCUGAUUGGAGACUCAGGUGUGGGAAAGAGUAACCUGCUCUCCCGUUUCACACGGAACGAGUUUAACCUGGAGAGCAAGAGCACCAUCGGCGUGGAGUUCGCCACCCGCAGCAUCCAGGUGGAUGGGAAGACCGUGAAGGCCCAGAUCUGGGACACGGCUGGGCAGGAGCGCUAUAGGGCCAUCACCUCUGCGUACUACCGGGGGGCGGUUGGCGCGUUGCUGGUGUACGACAUCGCCAAACACCUGACCUACGAGAACGUGGAGCGCUGGCUGAAGGAGCUGAGGGACCACGCAGACAGCAACAUCGUCAUCAUGCUGGUGGGCAACAAGAGCGACCUGCGUCACCUGAGGGCCGUGCCCACCGACGAGGCCCGCGCCUUUGCAGAGAAGAACGGUUUGUCCUUUCUUGAAACUUCAGCCUUGGAUUCUACCAACGUGGAGACUGCCUUCCAGACCAUUUUGUCAGAAAUCUACCACAUCGUUUCCCAGAAGCAGAUGUCCGAUCGCCGGGAAAACGAUAUGUCUCCUAGCAACAAUGUGGUGUCGAUCCAAGUGCAGCCCACCGAAAACAAAGCAAAGAUGCAGUGCUGUCAAAGCAUCUAGCCUUGCCCCCACACCGGCUAACCGUGCCCCUACCCCCUACUCGCCCCACCCCUACCCGGCCCCCUCCCCCACCCCUCUCUUCUAAAAGACUUUGAGCGUACCGUGAUAGUCGCAAGCUCGAACCUGAUGCGGUCUGCGGAGUCUGUCGUCCCUCUGUCUGGGCUGACCCGGACCUCCUUACGUCAUCUCGUUCCAGUAAUGAGAUGUGCAGACUUUCACAAAAAGAAAAAAAACAACUGUCUUAAUACUUUGUGUGAAUACUUUUUUUUUUUUUUUUUUUUUGCUUCUUUGCCAAUGUUCUGUUGUUUACAUUGUGCGGUUUGUCUGUUUGGCUUUGUCGUGGCGUGAGUAUUACCCGACACGCUCCCUACAUUGUGGUCGGGUUUGGUGGUGGUGUGGUGAAUUUUUUGACUGAGAGAUAAAGGUGGGUUCUGUGUCUUAGAACUGAAUGUCCACACAGAUAAUGGGAGGGGAGGGUCAGGUAUAUUUGAAUGUCCAUAGAGAGAGGUCAGUACUGUGUUAAUAUUAAAUGUACAGAGAGAGGUCAGUACUGUGAGCUAAUAUUAAACGUACAGAGAGGUCAGUACUGUGUUUUCAGAACUGCGUGUUGUACAGAAUUAUUAUUUCACUACCUUGCAGUUCUACCAAGGUGCGGGAAAAAAUAGCAAACAACUGGUUAUCAGAAUAUCAACCACUCAUGGAGAGGAUUUAACAAUUUACAUGACUAAAAAGAUUUUUACUCUGUUCUAAAAGAGUGGCUGAAAUCCUUAUAUCCAAAAACGAGUGUAAACACAGAGGGGGAGGUUCAUGCUGUGUGUUAUGGUUGAAUGUCCACACACAGACAGACACACAGACAGAGAGGUCAGUGCUUGAGCAAGUCAUUUCAACAACUCCUUUUCCUCCUUGUAGUGUGUGCAUAAUUGCAUGUUUUAGCUUGGGAACAGGACAUGAGGGGAUACAUUUUUAGCACUGAAAAGACUUUCAGUAAUUAUCUGAACAGAGUCUGUGUGCAACUGCAAUUAACUCGGCCUCACAGCAGUUUAACUGACAAAGAUUUGUAAUUGUUUUUCCUGUCAGCAUCACCCAUGCAUUUCAGGCAGCUUCACUGUGCCUUUUUCAGCACAGUGUCACUUGGGAGUGUCUGCCCAUCCUGCUGACGCUCAUGCCACUAGACUGAUGAACACCUCUGUAACGUUACGGUGCAGUAGGGCCCUGAAACCACUUGUGCGCAAAGAUAACUAGAUAUCCCAAUACAAGGAUACAGUUCCUCUUACAGUUUGCGCUUAUGGUCUUCUCACCUCUGGGACUUGUAGUCCUUUGACUGCAGACCGCAUAGGACAUAGAAGCUCUUUCUUAAGUAAGGCCAUAAGAUUACUUGAGCACAUUUUGAACUGUAGCUAUCCCACUGCUGGGAUUUUUCAUGGCUUGGGCUUGUGAUCUUCUCACUCCUGGAACUUGUAGUCCUUUCAUUGCAGAUGGUCUUGUGUGCAAAAUGUCUUCGGUAGGGCCCUUAAUCUACUUGACAUCUUGACCACUGUAGCCAUCUGACUAUUGGGAUUUGUAGUCUUAGAGGCUCUUUCUUGUGCUUUGCCCACCUCCCUAUGCAGAGAAAGAAACCGUUGGAUAGCAGCUUUCGUCAAGUAGGGUUUUGAUUACAGAGAGCUCUUGGGACACUGGGCACAGCAUUUUAUGGGCUCUCCGUGGUAAAAGUCCCCUCUACGAGGAACUUAACACCAUAGCUUUCCCUGUGUACACUGCCGUGAAAUAAGGGCACAGAGUGCAUGAUAUCAAGAGAGCUGUGUAACAAUGGCAGCUUUAUCAAGAUGGCCUCUACAUGUUUUUUUUCCAGUGAAGGGAACUGUUACCUUGGAAAGCCACAAAUUCAAAACAAGUUAUCUGGUGGUCUGAGCUGGGAAUUCAGUUAAAAAGAAGUAAAUACCUUGAACAAGCAAGCAGGGGCUAUUUAUUCUGCAGCUCUAAAUGAGUUUACUGCAGGAGAGCCUUGUCUGCAUUCCUAUCUGUUCUCAUCCAGCCCUGUUUAACUUCCCAGACACAAAUUAAUAGCAUUAAAGAUUGAACACUGUCCACACUGUACUGGGUGGAGACUCUGUGGAGGCUGUGGACCCUUCUGAGAAACUGAGCUCAGAUCCUUGAUUCCCAUUGGAUGGAGUGAGAACUGACUGGGAGUACCCAUCCAAACAUAAGUAUUGAUUACUGUUGAGUGCAAUGGUUCCCAAAGUUGUAGAGGGCAUGUGGUGGGUAACAAAAUGUAAAAGAAGAUGAUGUAUAUAAUGCACCAGUGGUCCUUAACCCUGGUCCUGGGGAGCUGUAGCGUCUACUGGUUUUUGUUGUUUCUUAGCACUUGAUUGGUCAGUCAAAGCUAUGGAUUAUAACUUUUCUCACUUAAUUCUUGGGUCUGAGCUAGUUAUAGAAUUGUAGGUGAAAAUAAAAAUCAACAAACUGUAAUCUUCCAGGGUUGAGGACAACUGUCAUACUCUUAAUAGGUUUUAUUACCAGUUACCAGGUUAUAUACUGUACUAGUUAUACUCGUUGCACUAGUUUUAAUGUAAAAUCAGUUGUUUUGACCUUUGAGACAUUUCAAUCUCAUAUUUGAACUAACAUUACAUAUAUUUUCGGAAGGGGCGUGGUCACAGACAAUGCAUUUGCUCCUUCAGUCGGUCAUUGGUUUGGAAAAUUUGGGAACCACUGGCUUGUAGUCUUAAUACAUUAAAGUAAAUUAAUUCCAUUGAUUUAUAUGAAUUGCUGGGUGUGGCUGGGUUUAGUGAACUGUAUAGGUCCCAUUACCUGUUGGGGGGUGGCAUGAGGGUUGGGCUUUCUGGGUAACAUGUCCCAGCAGUGACAGGGAAGUGAGACUUUUUGAACCUCUGGAAAAUGCAGGAUUUUUCCACACCAUUUCACACCCGAGCGAUUUAAUGUGAUGACUCUUACCAGUUUUCUCCACUGUUUUACAGUGGAGAAGCAGCAUCAAUUGAUCGCUUAAUAUGAGUCAGACAUACAGUUUCAAUUCAACUGUCUUAUCGUUACCCUUUGGAGCUAUCUAAACAAGCUUACAACAGGCGAUCGACAGAACAUUGCAAUUUUUUGAGUUCACACACAUGAGUCCAUGAAGACAUUAGUGAAGCCUAACUCCACCCACACUAGACUGCAGGUGCGUGGCAGGCACUGCCAAUGACGAGAGCCACUGGGGGGCGCUGUCCACACCAUCGCUCACUUCUCUCCCCCUUCAGAGUUCAACAAAAUGACAGUGGCCUUGUCAAUAUCCUCUUUCCAAGUGACCGCUUUUGUUUUCAGUGUGUUUUAGUGUACUGUGUCUACUGUGAUUUCUGUCUGUUCUCCUGUGUGCGUAUGUUUUUUGUUUUUUUCCCAAGUUACUUCAUUCCAUCCACUGUAAUUGUUAAGAAGUGCAAAUAAAAUAAACAUUACCAUUCA